GCCGCCCGCCAGGAUGUGCUUCAACGUGGGCUGCGUGCACCUGCUGGCCGGGGACCCGGAGGCCGCGCUGCGGAAAUAAAAGAAAUUUAAAAAUAUAAAUAAAUAAAUAAAUAAAGUGAUGCAUGUUCCGCAAAAAUUCCGCAGCACUCUACUCGGUGCUCUGGAGCCCGAGCCCCUCCAACGGAAAGAACCAGGAUCCUACGGUUGUUGAGACCACCGGUGACAGCUACCUGGAAGAUGACAGAAAUGAAGAGGACUAGGUGUUAUAGGAGAGCGUCCAAGUCAAUAUUUGCAAAAACUUCACUGCCAGGGUUGGGGAGCGGGAGGACUGGGCAAAGCCUGCCGGGGUCCCCUCUGUCGUGUCUUGCCUCUGCGAACCAGUCUACGAUUCCCAGGAGCAGCUGCAGUUUUAAAAUGUUACCUACGAAAGGGAAUACGAUCACUGACAGCAGGUGGUUCAACAGCGAAUGGUAGACAUGAGCUUAGGCUGCGGGAACCGGAAUGGUGACGCCAUGCGCCAGGCUGUUGUGGGGCCCAGGGGAAUUCCUCGGUCCCCGUCACUGGUCAUCUGUCUGGACUGUGUCUGUGACACAGGGGUGAUGGAAUGGAAGAUUGUGGCGAUCCAUGGGCAUUUUUGUCCCCAGGCAUUUGACCAGGCAGUGACCAAGGACACCUGCAUGGCUGUUGGUUUCUUCCAGCGAGGAGUGGCCAGCUUCCAGCUGGAAAGGUUCCAGGAGGCCCUGUGUGACUUCCGGCUGGCCCUGGCACAGCUCAGGGAUGACGCUGCCAUUGACUAUACACAGCUGGGCCUGCGGUUCAAGCUACAGGCCUGGGAGGUGCUCUUCAACUUGGGGGCGGCCCAGUGCCGCCUGGGACUCUGGGCUGAGGCCACCCGCAGCCUAGAGGAAGCCCUCUCCAAGGGGCCAGAAGGGGCCCACACGGACCUGCGCACUGCCCUGGACCAAGUGCAGAAACAGGUACACCUGCAGCCUCGGCAGGUCCCCAGGGGAGAGGUCUUCCGGCCCCACAGGCGGCACCUGGAGCUCCUGAAGCCAGUGGACUUCCUGGGCAAGGCCAAGGUGGUGUCCUCUGCCUUCCCCGCCGACCGACAGGAGGGCGUCCAGCCUCAGCAGCCCCAGGUUCAGGAUGCAGAUGCCAGAGCCGGGCCUGGCGCCGCCCCACGGGCUGCGGACACUGGCACCGCCUGUGGUCCCAGGAGGCCCCCCGGUGCGGAGACAGAGGUCGGCCCCGGGCAGGCGGGGCCGGCUGACCUCCGUGUGCCCGUCGUCUCUGAUGAGCAGAGGCCCCGAGUGGAGCAAGUUGGCAAACAGGUUCCUCCAGGCCUGCUGGUGGCUGGGGGGCCAGACCCCGGCCCUUCUGAAGACCCCUCUCGUGCCGGGGGAGUGGCCGUGGGGGCCCCUGAGUCCCUGGGGACUGUCAUAGUGCAGUGUGCCUUCACGCUGGCCCUGAAGGCCCCAAGAGGAGCUGACCUGUCCAGCCUGCGGACCCUGCUGAGCCAAGCCCUCCCCCACCAGGCCCAGCAGGGGCAGCUCAGUUACCAAGACCUCAGCAACGAGGGACGCUGGGUCCCCCUCGCCAGGGAGGAGGUGCUACAGAGGGCCUGGCGGGACACGGCGGCCAGCGCCCAGGUCCUGCGGCUCCAGUGCCGGGGCGCCGGCGGCCGGCCGAUCCUCUACCAGGUGGUGGCCCGGCACAGCUACUCUGCCCAGGGGCCCGAGGACCUGGACUUGCAGCCGGGGAACAUCGUGGACGUCCUGUGUGAAGUGGACCCGGCGUGGCUGGAGGGCCACUGUGAUGGCCGCAUCGGCAUUUUCCCCAAGUGCUUCGUGGACCCAGCUGGACAGUACGUGUGAGGAGCUCAGCACCCCCACCCGGAGCCCCAUGCACCCCCAGCCCAGUGAGAAAGUCAGCCCUAGGAAGUUCCGUGGCAAGGGUUUUAAUAAAGCAGCUUCUCCCACUAA